CAAAACGUUAAAAGCGUUCAAAAGCACAGCACACUGCGCUGGUAACGCAGAAACGAUUUUUCCGAAACAAAAUCGAAACUGUUAACAUUGCAGCUUAAUUUUCGAACGAAGUGACAGUGACUCGGUGAAUGUAUUUGUGUAGUUUUUGAUUUCGUUUGAGUUUUGUUUUUAUUUGCCCUUUUUUGGAUUAAUAUACCGAGAACUCGAGGUCGUGAUGCUACAAAUUUCAUUCCCGUUUGCAAAGACCUACUAAAAUUCCUUGAAAUUGGUGCAAGUGGAGCAGUUAAGCCGGAGCAAAUGUGUUGGAAGAGCCGGCAAUGAGAGUGCGCUAGCUGGGAGUAUGGGACCGCCGGGAUGGGCAUGCGCACAGACCCACGGGGCAAGUCUCGUCCGCUGACCAACGCCACAGGAUCUCCGGUGCCUCAACGUUCUCUCACCAUAUAUACCUUCCUUGCUGCCUUUCUAACGUUCGUCUUCUUGCAAACAGUAAAUUGUUUCCAAGAUGCAGUCCAUAUUACAGCAAUACUUGGUGAGUCGGUGGUGUUCAAUUGCCACGUGGAGUUCCCUGAGGGACACCCCGUGCCGUACGUGUUACAAUGGGAGAAGAAGGUAGGCGAAACGGGACAGGACAUACCUAUUUACAUCUGGUAUGAGAGCUAUCCAACUCACAGCGGCGAAGGCUAUGAAGGGAGAGUUUCUAGAGUCUCCCCUGAUUCCCCUUACGGCGCUGCAUCACUUAACCUCACAAAUAUACGUGAAUCGGACAAAGGCUGGUACGAAUGUAAGGUGGUCUUCCUCAACCGGUCGCCGAACCAGCACAAGAACGGAACGUGGUUCCAUUUGGACGUGCACGCGCCCCCCACCUUCGUAGUGACGCCGGAUGACGUCGUCUACGUUAACCUGGGGGACGCCAUCAUCCUCAACUGUCAGGCGGAGGGUACUCCCACACCUGAAAUUCUGUGGUACAAAGAUGCCAACCCCGUCGAACCAUCGGCCACCAUAGGCGUUUUCAAUGAUGGCACGGAGCUGCGCAUAUCGAACAUAAGACACGAGGACAUCGGAGACUACACCUGCAUCGCCAGGAAUGGGGAGGGUCAGAUCUCGCAUACUGCCCGAGUGAUUAUAGCUGGGGGUGCCGUGAUUAUGGUGCCUCCGACCAACCAGACCAAGCUGGAAGGCGAGAAGGUGCAGUUCAACUGCGAAGCCAAAGCCCAACCGGGCAAUGUGACUGUCAAGUGGUUCAGGGAAGGGGCGCCAGUCAAGGAACUGGCCUCCUUGGAAACGAGGGUCACCAUCAGGAGGGACGGUUCCCUUGUAAUUAAUCCCGUCAGCUCCGAUGAUUCCGGGCAAUAUCUUUGCGAGGUCAGCAAUGGAAUUGGCGAACCUCAAUCCGCUUCGGCCUAUCUCAACGUAGAAUAUCCCGCUAAGGUCACUUUCACCCCUACCAUCCAGUACCUCCCCUUCCGGUUGGCCGGUGUAGUCCAAUGUUACAUCAAGGCCAACCCGCCCCUACAAUAUGUAACUUGGACCAAAGAUAAAAGACUACUGGAGCCUUAUCAGACUAAAGACAUAGUGAUCAUGAACAAUGGCUCCUUGCUCUUCACGCGAGUGAACGAGAACCACCAGGGCCGCUACACCUGCACCCCCUACAACGCACAGGGCACCCAGGGCAGUUCGGGGCAGAUGGAGGUCCUGGUGAGGAAGCCGCCCGUCUUCACCAUCGAACCUGAAGCCAUGUAUCAGAGGAAGGUGGGGGAAACGGUGGAGAUGCACUGCGAGGCCCAGGAGGCCGAGGGCACCCAGAAACCGACGGUUCAGUGGCAGAGAAGGGACGGAAGCCCCUUGCCCAAGAACCGAGUAAAAAUCGUGGGCGGCAACAUCACCAUCGAAUCCCUCCGCCGUUCAGACUUCGGUUUCUACCAGUGCGUUGCCACCAACGAAGUGGCCACCAUCAUCACAGCUACUCAACUGGUGGUAGAGGGUACCCAACCCCACGCACCUUAUAACCUGACAGGUACAGCCACCGAGUUCUCGGUUACUCUUAGCUGGCUUCCCGGCUACAGUGGCGGACCGGAUUACAAACAGGACUAUACCAUUUGGUACCGAGAGGCGGGAGUUUCCGAGUGGUCUACCAUUCCCGUGACGCCCUCAGGAAGCACCCAGGUCACUAUCAACAGACUGGCACCGGGCACCACCUAUGAGUUCCAGGUGAUCGGGAAGAAUGCUCUUGGUGAUGGCAUGAUGAGUCAGAUCAUCACUGUUAGGACUCUUGAUAUUUUAGAUUAUAGCAAUAUUGUUUUGCCUACUGAUUCUAGUGGAGCACCAAUUUUACCACCCAUCUUCAGACCCAAAGGACCAAAACCGGGCAUUCCCAGAAACCUGACUGUGACGGAAAACAACAACGGCUUCCUCAUAUCCUGGAUGCCCCCCUUGGAGAGGGCCAAUCUCAUCCAGCACUACGUGAUCAAGUACAGGACAGACGGUCCUUGGAAGAUCCUGAACAAAGGCCAAAUUCGGCCUGAAGAAACUAACUAUCUGGUGAAAAACCUGGUAGGGGGCCGCACCUACUACUUCCGGAUCCUCGCCUACUCCGCCAAUAGUUACGAGAGCAGCGAAGAGGUGAAGUUUUCCGUGCCGGCGCGCGUCAAGCACAAGGCCAUCACAGCCGGCGUUGUGGGUGGCAUCCUCUUCUUCAUUGUGGCCAUCAUCCUUUCGGUAUGUGCCGUCAAGAUAUGUAACAAGCGAAAGAGACGGAAACAGGAAAAGGUUUUGCGUUCUCUUUCAGCGUACAACAUGGUGGCUUGUCGAAUCACGGACUCUAGAAAUGGGGGUAACGCCGAUAGUCAAGUGCCUUUGAAAAAACUUAGAAAAGGCCGAAUACCAGGUUUAAGAAUUCUUGCUUUCAUCGCCAAUUGGGUGUGGCCAAGGGAUCGCUGUCGCUCGGGCAGCCUGUCUAGUCUAACUUGGCAUCCAGACUACCUACAUCCGGGAUCUCCAUCUAAGUCUUUAGGACGCAUAUCCAGAGCAGCAGAUGGACGUUUCGUCUUAGUCGACUCGGCCCUAAGCCUAAGAGCUGAAAGUCCAUCUAACGCUUCCAGCAGUGACGAUGGAGGAUUUCUACCUAGAAGAGGAAUCAGAAACAGAGCUUCUUGGAGAAGACCUCUUGUCGGCUACCCCAGUCAACUCAGCCUAAGAUCUGACGCUUCCGGGCAAUCAGCGUCUGGACUAGCGGCAUAUUUUUUGGGACAGCGCUUCAGUCAGCCUACCCUCAAACCAAUACCAACAAUAUACACUCCCACUACACCCAAGAUUCAGUCCAGUUCACCGGCUACGUCUAGUGGACUGCUACUAUCGCCUUGGACGCCGCUCUACUUUAGCGAUUUAAGUUCCGUAAGAUACCCGAGUUCGGGAGAACGAUCCUAUCCCACCCCUCCAGGGUUUAUUCAGCUCAAGUCCGUGCAUGAACGAUAUUCUCAAGAACUGCCAUCACUUCGUGCCAUACACGAGGAACACCAAGGUUUCAUCCCGGUGCAUCCCAUAAGAGACAGCCCUAGAGCGGUGCCCCAGCACAGGACUAGGAGCACAAGGCUCUUACCGCCGAGACAUGGAAGACUGGCGAGGAGUGCUCCGGAGCUGGACCACCUCGAUCGUUCUCCAGAAAGUCGGUCAAGUUCUAGCGGCUUCGGCAGCAAAAAUACUUCCCAGCAGAAUCAAAGUUCGCAUAGCGGCAGUACUUUCACUGAAUGGCGAUUGCCUCCAUAUCGACCGCCUCCACCGCCGCCUUCUUCCGCGCUACCGCCUCCUCCCCCACCUUUAGUCGGACAUUGGUUAGAACUUGCCUCAUCGUCUCCUUCUGCCUCCGACCACCUCCACAAGGCAGUAGACGUUGGCAGCGUAGAUGGACACUAUGAAUUCGAUCCGAGUACACCAACUCCCACUCCUUCCACCCCCACGGGAUCACGUGACGUGGAUCUGGACUCGGCAGGUCCCGGUCUGUCGCAGCGAAAGAGCUACGGAGGUAUCAGAAGCAGAUACGAUAACAUCGACGCGCGAGUUCAAGCCAUGAAAGAGGAGUUCAACGAGUUCCGCAAACGACAAGCCAAUAGGAGAAGGAGUCACGAGUUGGAAAGUGCCUGUUGACUUAGCCAUGUGUUUGUGAGUGCGCGACUUACCCCCAAACUUAAAAUUACUUUUUCUCAAAUUCAGUGUGAUAUCGUAACCAUUACAAGCAAAACGAAAUAUGUUCUAAAUCUUAUGUAAAACAGAACCAAAACAGACACUAAUAUUAAAUUAUGUAAAGUUAAGUACACUACAUUCAUUCACAAUUACUUAUAUUGGGUUACGUCGUAUUUCUAAAGUAGGAAUAUAAGCAUGAAGCUCAAUUCAUAUUGCGAUUGGUAUUAGAAGAUGAAGAAGGAGCGAUCCAUAUAUAAAGAUCUUAAGACGAAAUAACUAGAAGGACCAAUUUUUCACUAAGUAACAACUAAUUUCUGUUUUGUACAUCGUGUAGAAAGUAAAUAAAUGCAAGAAAACUUACUCUAAUACCCUGAUGAUCGUAAAUUUCAGGUAUCAGAAUCUGAAAAUGAUUUAAUUUACGCACUAUUAGAGUAUGACUAUUUUCGGAUUGUCUUCGCGAUAAUUAGACGGUAGUUGAAAAGAAUCGGUGACGUAAUUGAAAGGCUUGCGUCGCCAGGGAAAACAUUUAGUUCGCUUUCAAGGGAAUUCCUAGGAGAAACGCUUUAUGCUAAUUGAAGAACCGCAAUUUCGCUCCUUCGAAUGUCUUCUAAUUAAAAUCGACACCCCUACACAUCAGACACGUUCACAAAGGCGUAAUGUUGUGUACGUGGGCGGGCGAAAGUCCAAACGUCAAAUUAGGAACUGCCCUCCUGAGAUAUUUUGGACAACUACCCCGCCUACCAAUAAAUUCUAACGCUUUAGCGCGACCUCCAGAGGUCGCGACCAACAUUCACAAGAGAGGCUGUUGCGUAUUGUAAUACUUAGAUGUCUAGGAUAACAUUGUAUAACGUACCUUUUGCUCCUAGGAGUAACUCGGGCCUACUCUAGGUCCGAAUAUUUGAACUUGUUUUGUAUUUGAGUUUGUGAAAUUUACCAAACAAACUAUAUCAGACAAGAGUACCAGUGCAAUAAUUUUAACGCUAUCGCUACCUACAUGGGAUGUUAGUCAACACGAUUAUAAUCUAAAUCCAGAAGAUUCGGUGGCAACUAUUUUUAUUCAUAUCAUAACUAUUUUUGUUUUAACAAAACAUAUACCUACGAACCGUGUUUUCUUGUUUGCUAACUAAAUGGAAUAACUAGAAGGAUCUGGAUAAAUCAUUAUCCAGACUGUGAAAUUUUUCUGCAUAUCACAAUAGCACAUAAUAUGCUUUAAAUGUAAUAUUCUCAGGGAGAUAACUAUGAAUCUCUGUUGCUGAUUCACAGACCAACAAAAUUUAUCUUUUUUUGGAAGCAGUAACAUGAAUACAUAUUUCCGAAGGAUUUAGGUACGCUGAAU